CGCACUCCACUCCCAGCAGAGACAGUAGUAGUGGUAGUAGUCAAGUUCAUGCAAGCGCCAGAGAAUUCUAAAACCAAACAAAUAGCGUUAUGAUCAAUUUCCUAAAAAACGAACCAAAAUCAAAGCAUAAUAUCUUGAUAACUUCGUAUGCUCAUAAAACUUCACCAUGAUCACCAGCAAUAACCACCACCCCUCCACACGCCACCACCACCACUCCCAACACCGUCAGUCGCAGCAUUUCAACCGUCACCGGAACUUCCGAAACCACCAAAACCAAAGCCUUUUUGUAGUCAGGCUUUUGUCCAACCACCGUAAUAAUAACCGCACGCAAUCCCCACUCGAAACCCUAAUUUCCCAAUGUAACCCUAAACCUGACAAAUCCGAUACAAACCCCACGUCCGCCGUUGCUGCUCGUUUGUUUUUCCACGACCAGAGCGAUGCUAUCGCCGCCGUCGUCUUCCUCUGGGAACGGAGGCUGGCUGGGGAUCAUGUGUAUACUCCGGUGACGGAUUUUGAUGUAAAUGAAGGGGACUUGAAUGAGAGGAUUAGAGGUUUGUUUAAAUUGUAUGCAGAGAGGGUGUUAGAAGGGGAGGUAGUGAAGAAAUUGGAGAGAAAGAUUGAAAAUUUGGCCGUGGAAAUUGGUAAAUUUACGAGCUUUUUCAAGCGGCCGAAAGGGGUUAGGGUUUAUAGUGAGAAUAAGGUGAAGAAGGAGGCGUUGAGGGUGGAAAUGGAGGUGGUUGUGAAGAGGGUGGAGGAGUUUAGGAAGGGAAUGAGGUGUUUGAUGGAUUGCAUUGAAGGGAAGGAGAUUGGUGAUUUGGGGGUUUUGAGGGUUUAUGAUGAGGGUAAUGGGAGAAAGAUGGGAAUUUUUUAUUAUUGGAGCAGGAUUCAUUUUCUGAUAUUGAGAGAGUGUAGAAGGGUAGAAAAUGGGUUGCCUGUUUAUGGGUUUAGGAGUGAGUUUUUGAAGAUGCUGCGUUCACAGCAGGUGAUGGUCUUGAUUGGAGAAACAGGUUCAGGGAAGAGUACGCAGUUGGCACAAUUUAUUGCUGAUUCAGGAGUUGCAUCAAGUGGUUCAAUUUUGUGCACUCAACCCCGCAAAAUUGCUGCUAUAUCCCUGGGAAAAAGGGUCGGUGAAGAAUGCAAUGGAUGUUAUGAAGAUAAUUCAAUUAUCUGCUACCCAUCUUAUUCAUCUUCCCAGCAGUUUGGUUCGAAGGUAAUAUAUAUGACUGAUCACUGUCUACUGCAAAACCUCAUGAAAGAUAAAAAUUUGUUUGGAGUUUCGUGCAUUAUUGUAGAUGAGGCUCAUGAAAGAAGCUUGAAUACUGAUCUUCUUUUGGGCUUGCUAAAAGAAUUACUUCAGGAAAGGCCUGACUUACAGCUAAUUAUAAUGUCUGCAACAGUUGAUGCAAGCAAAUUAUCCAGUUAUUUCUUUGGCUGUGGAACAUUUCAUGUGUUGGGGAGAAGCUUUCCUGUUGAAAUCAAAUAUGCUCCUGCUGCAUCUAGAGAGUCCCUUGACCCCUUGCCGAGCUCCAAUAAUGCAGCUCCAUAUGUUUGUGAUGUUGUUAAGAUGGCAACGGAAAUUCAUGCAGCAGAGGAGGAUGGGGCAAUACUUGCUUUUUUGACUUCACAGGCAGAAGUAGAAUGGGCAUGUGAAAAGUUUCAGUCUCCCUCUGCAAUUGCGCUCCCAUUACAUGGGAAGCUUUUCCAUGAAGAGCAAUGUCGUGUUUUUCAGAAUUACCCAGGAAAGAGAAAAGUUGUUUUUGCUACAAAUUUAGCGGAAACAUCCAUAACAAUUCCAGGGGUCAAGUACGUGGUUGAUUCUGGUUUAGUUAAAGAUAGCAGGUUUGAAUCUUCAUCUGGUAUGAAUGUGCUCAGAGUUUCCAAGAUCAGCCAAAGUUCUGCAAAUCAACGAGCUGGCCGUGCUGGUAGAACAGAUCCUGGCAAGUGUUACCGGUUGUACUCGGUUUCUGAUUAUCAGUCAAUGGAUUUGCAUCAGGAACCUGAAAUUUGUAAAGUUCAUCUUGGCAUUGCAGUUUUGAGGAUUCUUGCCUCUGGUAUUAAGAAUGUGCUAGAGUUUGAUUUUAUUGAUGCUCCAAGUGUGGAUGCAAUCAACAAGGCAAUCAGGAACCUUGUUCAGUUAGGUGCUGUUGCCUGGAAACAUGAUGCUUUUGUAUUAACUGCUGAUGGACACUACUUAGUUAAAUUGGGUAUGGAGCCUCGACUUGGGAAAAUUAUUCUUGAAAGUCUCCGUUAUGGUUUGCGCAAGGAGGGAGUUGUCCUUGCUGCAGCUAUGGCAAAUGCCAGUAACAUUUUUUGCAGAGUGGGUACUUAUGAUGAGAAACUGAAGUCUGAUUGCCUUAAGGUCCGGUUCUGCCAUCACGAUGGAGAUCUCUUCACUUUGCUCUCCGUCUACAGGGAAUGGGAGAGUUUACGGCAAGAGAAUAGAAAUAAAUGGUGUUGGGAAAAUAGAAUCAAUGCAAAAACUAUGCGAAGAUGCAGAGAUACAGUAUUGGAGUUGGAAAACUGUUUGAAAAAUGAACUCAAUAUCAUUAUUCCAACUUACUGGCUUUGGGAUCCUCUUGUUGCCUCUGUGCAUGAUGAAAACAUGAAGAAGAUUAUACUUUCUUCACUAGCAGAUAAUGUAGCUAUGUAUUCUGGAUAUGAUCGCCUUGGUUAUGAGGUUGUUUUAAGUGGUGAAUACUUCCAACUUCACCCUUCAUGUUCAUUACAAGUGUAUAACCAGAAGCCACAUUGGGUUGUCUUUGCUGAACUCUUGUCCAUAUCAAGUCAAUAUUUGGUUUGUGUUACAGCAAUUGACUUUGACAGUUUAUCUACCUUCAUACAUCCUUUAUUUGAUGUCUCAAAGAUGGAAUCUAGAAAACUGCAGUUGAGGGUGAUAAAAGGAUUUGGAGGUGUUGCUUUGAAACGGUUUUGUGGAAAGUCAAAUAGUAGCUUGAUAGCACUUGUUUCUCGCAUGCGUGCUAUUUACAUGGAUGAACGCAUUGGAAUUGAAAUCAAUGUGGGUGACAACGAGAUUCAAUUGUUUGCAUCGUCCAAAGAUAUUGAAAAGAUUUAUGAAUAUGUCAAUAAUGCGUUAAGAUAUGAAACAAAGUGGUUAAGGAAUGAAUGCUUGGAGAAGUGCUUAUAUCAUGAGGUACGGGCUGGUGCUUCCCCCCCUGUUGCACUUGUUGGAGCUGGUGCUGAAAUUAAGCAUCUGGAGUUGGGAAAUAGAUGUUUAACAGUGGAUGUGCACCUUUCCAAUGUGAAUGUGGUAGAUGACAAGGAAGUUUUGACAUUCUUAGAGAAAUCUGUAUCUGGAAUUUGUGGUUAUAACAAAUUCACGGGCAUUGGACAGCAUGGUGGUGAUGCAGAAAGGUGGGGCAGGGUGUCAUUCCUUACUCCUGAAGCAGCUAGAAAAGCUCUAUAUUUUAAUGGAUCCGAGUUAUGUGGAUGUGUACUUAAGUUGUCCCUGUCUCGGUCAUCUGUUGGAGGUAUUCGAAAGUCAUCAUUUGCUGCCGUAAAAGCAAAAAUCAGUUGGCCACGCCGGUAUAGCAAAGGGUAUGCAAUUGUCAGAUGUGAAAGGAAUGAUGCCCAGUUCAUUGUUGAUGAUUGCUUUAAUGUUCUGAUUGGAGGCAGGUUUGUUCAGUGUCAGACCAGCACAAGAGACAUGAACUCUGUAGUUAUCAGAGGACUGGAUAAAGAAACUUCUGAAGCAGAAAUUUUAGAAGUUCUGCACAAGACAACAAAUAGGAGAAUUUUGGAUGUAUUCCUAAUCAGAGGAGAUGAAGCAAAUAAUCAUUCUGUUGAUGCUUUUGAGCAAGCAAUUCUCAAGGAAAUUGCUCCUUUCAUGCCUAGCCAGGGCCCUUUGAGCAAUUACUGCCAUGUUCAGGUCUUUGCCCCUGAGCCAAAGGAUAGUUUCAUGAAGGCUUGGAUCACUUUUGAUGGAAAAUUACAUUUGGAGGCAGCUAAAGCUCUGCAACAUAUGCAAGGAAAAGCACUUGCUGGUUGUUUUUCAUGGCAGAAGAUGCAAUGCCAGCAGGUGUUCCAUAGCUCUGCAUCAUGUUCUGCUUCUGUUUAUGCAUUCAUUGAGAGGCAGCUGAAUAUUUUACUGAAAAGCUUCAAGUUUCGACCUGGUGUGUGUUGCAAUUUAGAAAGGAAUGAGAAUGGCUCUUAUAGAGUGAAGAUAUCUGCUAAUGCAACAAAGACAGUAGCUGAGUUGAGAAGGCCGCUGGAGCAACUGAUGAAUGGAAAGAAGGUAAAUCAUUGUAGCCUCACCCCAUUGGUUCUGCAGCUUCUCUUUUCCAAAGAUGGCAUCAUGCUUAUGAAGUCACUGCAGCAAGAGAUGGGAACAUAUAUUCUCUUUGAUAGGCAGAACCUCACUGUUAGGAUCUUUGGCCCCGAGAAGAAAGUUGCUCUUACUGAACAGAAGUUGAUAGCAUCUCUUCUAGCCCUCCAUGAUAAGGAACAAACAGAUAUCCGCCUUCGAGGUGGAGCAAUGCCGUAUGAUCUUAUGAAAAAGGUGGUGGAGAAGUUUGGUCCUGACUUGCAUGUGCUCAAAGAGACGUUCCCUGAGGCUGAAUUUAUGCUUAAUACAAGGCGACAUGUUAUUUCUUUUUCUGGAAAAAAGGAUCUGAGACUCCAAGUGGAGCAGAUGAUUCGUGACUUUGUGCGGUCUGUCGGUGUUAAUGGAUCCAUCAAACGAUAUGAAGAUGACAAUAUUGCCUGCCCUAUUUGCCUUUGUGAGGUUGAGGACUGUUACCAGCUUGAGGCUUGUGGGCAUAAAUUCUGCCAGUCAUGCUUGGUUGAACAGUUAGAGUCAGCAAUGAGAGGACGUGAUGGCUUCCCUGUAGGUUGUGCUCAUGAAGGUUGUGGCAUGCACAUUUGGCUUACAGAUCUGAAGUCUCUUUUACCAUGUGAGAAGUUAGAGGAUCUCUUCAGGGCCUCCUUGUCAGCCUUUGUGGCAUCUAGUGGUGGAACUUACAGAUUUUGCCCAUCUCCUGAUUGCCCUUCAGUAUAUCACGUAGCAAGUGGGAUGGUUGGUGAUCUAUUUGUUUGUGGAGCAUGCUAUGCCGAGACAUGUACAAGGUGCCAUGUGGAGUAUCAUCCAUUCGUAUCAUGUGAAAAAUACAAGGAGCUCAAGGAGGAUCCUGACAUGUCCUUGAAGGAAUGGUGCAAGGGAAAAGAGCAUGUUAGAAACUGCCCAGUAUGUGGAUACACAAUUGAGAAGGUAGAUGGCUGCAACCACAUUGAGUGCAGAUGUGGGAAACACAUCUGCUGGGUCUGCUUGGAGGUCUUUAUGAGCGGUGAUGACUGCUAUGCGCACUUGAGGUCUGUACAUCCUGCUACAUUAUAAAACCUGUACUGACUACAUUGUAAGUUAUUUGUAUAUAUAAGUAUAUGAUAUCCACACAUGUAUAAUUUAGAAAUAUUACAUGCAUAUCAGUUGUUCCGUGCCUCAUGUUUUUCAUACUUGCAUUAGCCUUCUUUCCUAUGAAUCUAGCACAUUACUGUUUCUAA